UGAUAAUUUAAGAAGCGGACUGUGACUGUGCUAUUUUGUGGAUGCCCGUUACGUUCGUUGCCGUUUUACUUAACCGGUGCGCAUGUAAACACUCACGAGACUACAUCCGGGAACCUUGUUGGUAGGAACAAGCGCCUGCUCGCUGAAUUUUGUUCGUUAGUCCACCUAUACACUUGACAUUAGGAUGUCAGAUGAGAAGGGGGACAAAGGCGAUGAAGAGAAGGUCUAUGGGGGAUGUGAGGGCCCUGAUGCCAUGUACGUGAAGCUUGUCUCCUCUGAUGGCCAUGAGUUUAUUGUUAAAAGAGACCACGCCUUGACUUCUGGAACAAUUAAAGCCAUGUUGAGCGGCCCAGGACAAUUUGCAGAGAAUGAAACAAAUGAAAUUAACUUCAGAGAAAUACCGUCACACGUCUUGCAAAAGGUGUGCAUGUAUUUUACAUAUAAGGUUCGAUACACAAACAGCUCUACUGAGAUACCAGAGUUUCCUAUAGCUGCAGAAAUAGCGUUGGAAUUACUCAUGGCUGCCAACUUCCUUGACUGUUAACUCUGUCACAAUUGUAUUGUUUUUUUACCUUUCUAUAGAUGUUUCUAUUUCUUUUAAAUUAAAUCUGAAUAGGCUUAAAGUGAGUUAAUUGCUUUACUGAAUAGUGUAUAUAGUAAAGUAAUAUGAAGAUUUGUCCCAAGCUAACAUUUUAAUAGAGAUAUCAUAUCAAUAUUCACUGGUUAUGUUACUUAUUUGAAGUUGUUUCUGGUUAAACCUGAGACCCAGUUACAUUACUGCUUCAGUUCAAACUAUUUAAUAGCACUGUAGCAUGUUCAACAAGUUUGUAUGGGUCAGAUUAUAUUUUGAAGUGGUUCAUUUUACUGUAAAAAUUGAUGUUUUUUAGUCUGUAAUAUUUGUUUAUCCUAAAAUACAUUGAAGCAAAAUAUGCAUUCAAAUAUAGUUCAUUUAUGCUGUUAUAUACCCUUAAUUCCUUUUGUACUUGAACAAGUUUUAAUACAGCUUUGAAAUAAUGUUUUUGUUCAAAAUUUGUUUGUUUGAAUAAUAUUUCUUGUGUUCUUUUAAUCUGAUUGCAAGUUAAAUGCGUGUUUUAUUGUCCUCUAUUUAACGGGAUACAACCUAAUAAAUCUGAGGCAAAACUUGAAGUGAUGCCACUAGUUAUUAAAUCUGGUGUGUCAUAGAAUUCUUUCCACACAUUUGACAGUCCUAUGUAAACCUGCAAAAUCAUUUGAUAAGUAAAAGUGAAUUUAAUCUAGUUGCUUUACUUUUGACCACUUGAUCGUUUUUCUAAAUGUGAAUAUUUUGUUGAAGUAAAUAAAUACAAACUGCUUUUGUAUUUAAUUAUUCCAUUGUAAUAAAAAUAUAUCAAG